AUGGCUGCCCUCGUGUCUGUCUGCUCAUCGGCCUUCCUACCAGAGGGGUAUCUCUCUGAGGUCAGUCCCCUGGAUGUGCCCAGGGAUGAGGACAUCCCUACAGAGCCCAGAGACAGAUGCACAACGCGGAGAAGCCGGCGGCUACCUACCAGCAUGACCGUGGACAUCAGUGUCAUUGAUGCCAGUUAUCUGGGCAGUAGGAUGGGGAUGGAGGACCUUCACACCCGCUCUCUGUCACCCUGGGGUUACAGACUGAAUACAGACCCCAGCAGAUUCCCUUCUGUGGUGGCAGAAGCGCAUUGUCUCAGGUUUACCUGUGUGGACUGGGACGGCAAUGAGAGCCCAGAGCUGAUCUCCUAUCCGAUCCAGCAGGAGAUAUUGGUUCUACGCCGGGAGCAGAAGUCCUGUGACUACACCUACACGCUGGAGACUGAGCUGGUCACACUGGGGUCCCCAUUUUCGGACAAAAACGGGGCUGUUUCCAGGGAUUCUGAUCCGCCUGCCGGAGCCAGGUGA